GGCCGGGCCAACAUGGCCGAAGUGAGCAUCGACCAGUCCAAGCUGCCGGGCGUCAAGGAAGUUUGCCGAGAUUUUGCUGUUCUUGAGGACCACACCCUGGCCCACAGUCUGCAAGAACAGGAGAUUGAGCAUCACCUGGCAUCAAAUAUUCAGCGGAGCCGUUUGGUUCAGCAUGAUCUGCAGGUGGCCAAGCAACUCCAAGAGGAAGAUCUGAAAGCUCAGGCACAGCUCCAGAAACGCUACAAAGACCUUGAGCAACAUGAUUGUGAAAUUGCCCAGGAAAUACAGGAGAAGCUGACUAUUGAGGCAGAGAGACGGCGUAUUCAGGAGAAAAAGGAUGAGGAUAUAGCUCGCCUUUUGCAAGAGAAGGAGUUACAGGAGGAGAAAAAGCGAAAGAAACACUUUCCAGAGUCCCCUGGAGUUAGUGCUUAUGGAGAUAGUUACUAUUAUGAAGAUGGAGACCAGCCCCGGUCAAGGAGGGCAAGGGAAUUGGGGCCUGAAUACUCAAGGUCUGGUAGACUCCAAAGUGAUGGAAAAACUGUGAAACACAAAAAGGAGAAAUCAAAACAUCCUCUUGAGAACUUGGACAAGCUGGAGGAGUGCUGCACAUCUGAAAAACCUCCGUCAUGCGCUAGAGGGGGGAGAAUUCAAGAUGACCCUCAAAUGAAUACUGAGCAGCAUGAAAGGAAACAACCCGAUCUUGAGAGGCCACGGAGACCACCACUUCCCAGGAUCCACGGUGAGGUGUUUUUGAGUACUGAGUGUGAUGACUGCGAAUCCAGCAGUGGACUUCGAGUCUUGAAUUGGGAGAAACGGUCCAGACACCAAGAUCGUCUUUCACCCAAGGCCUCACAGAACGUAGGGCUUCAUUGCAAAGACAUUAUGUUUGGGAGAAACCACGGGCAAGGUGGGCACAGAGAAAGGAAACACAAGCCUCGGACUCCUCCCUUUUCAGAGGGUGAGAAAUUGCUUCAACUUCCAGACACAGGAGUGAAGCCAAGAGUGAUGAAAGAUGCAGUCUAUACUUCAUCCCGUUUGGACCAUAGAGAACAAGAAUGGUAUGAUGCCGAAAUUGCCAGAAAACUGCAAGAAGAAGAAAUUUUGGCUACCCAGGUAGACAUGAGAGCUGCUCAAGUAGCUCAGGAUGAGGAAAUUGCUAGACUUCUAAUGGCUGAAGAAAAGAAAGCUUAUAAGAAAGCUAAAGAGCGAGAAAAAUCAUCUUUGGACAAAAGAAAGCAUGACAAUGAUUGGAAGCCAAAAAUAACUAAGUCUACACACUCAAAGUCUAAAGAGAGUGAUGAACCACACCGUUCUAAGAAUGACAGACCAGCACGGCCACCACCACCUACUGUGACAGAUGCUGAGGAUUUGGAUUGCACCCAUUUUGCAAACCAGCAUAGUUCUUCCCGUCAUUUCUCAAAGUCAGAGUCCUCUCAUAAAGGUUUCCAUUAUAAAUAAGAACCAGGAAUCUGCCUUGAAAACGGACUCACUGUAGCCAAUAUUAAUGGAGGAUACAGAAUGCAUUUCAUGCCUAAUUUUUCUCCUAUGUUUGUAUUCCUGAGAUUUAUCCUCAAGUGUUUCUCUGACCAUAAACAGUUUUAGCUUAUUUAAGAUGUUUUGGUUAUUCACAAUCACUUGGGCAGUCUAAGAAAAUCUAGUUUCUGAAUAUUGGCCAACUCUCCACAGUGUAUGCUUCCUGGGAUACAGUACCUAAGAAUUUUGUAAAAUAUCAUAUGCAGUAGCUGUGAAGUAUUAGUAGCUAGGGCCUAGGUUUUAAUUAGCUAUUAAAAUUUUUGGAGACAAUGAUUAAAGUAGAACAUUAUUGGAUGUAAUAAGAAUAAAAGGAUAUAUAAGAAA